AGGUGCCGGUCCGGUCUGGUUUUCAAAACAAUGGUUGAAUGUGCCAUUGACAUAUCUAUGUUUUCAUUGGAAACAGAGGACUCUGUUAAGGACAGAACAGAACAUAACCAACUGCAAGACAACAGCAACACAUAUGAACUGCCAUUAUCAGACUCCCCAAGGUCCGAUGAGAUGGAGAAAUCAAUAAGAUUGAAAAAAGAGGAUAGCAAAUUAAAGUCGCUAUCGAGUCAUGCUUCCAAUAUCCAGGGGAAGAACUUGAGGAUAAAUAUUCCUUUAACAACACCAUCACGUACCUUCUCGGCUAUCAGUUACUUGAUUUGGGAAGAUUUAGUAAAUCAGUCCUCGAGGAAAUGUGACCCUGAAGGAGGGAAUCUAAAUUUCAACAAAACAAAGGUGCGUCAUGCAGAGAAGAUGAUAAGAGGAGCUUUUGUUGAGUUGUAUAAAGGAUUGAGCUAUCUCAAAACCUACAGGCACUUAAACAUGCUUGCUUUCAUGAAAAUUCUGAAGAAGUUUGAUAAAGUUACGGGGAAACAAGUUCUUUCCAUUUACCUUAAAGUAGCGGAGAGUUCGUACUUCAACAGCUCAGACAAGGUAAUGAAUUUAGCAGAUGAAGUUGAGAAGCUUUUUAUCAAACAUUUUGCUGAGGAUGAUCGAAGAAAGGCCAUGAAGUAUCUCAAACCUCAGCAGCACAAAGAUUCACAUGCUGCAACCUUCUUCAUAGGGCUCUUCACUGGAUUCUUCAUUGCCCUUCUUGCUGGAUACAUUAUUAUGGCUCAUAUAACCAGGAUGUAUAAAAGACAACCGGAUACACUCUAUAUGGAAACUGUCUAUCCUGUCUUUAGGCAAGCUCGUAUAAAUCACAGUUUCAUUCUUGAGUUAACCCCCACCAACGAGCUUAAGUACAGAGAUGUGUUCUUAACUUGUACAGCUGCAAUGACAGCAGUUAUAGGAGUUAUGUUCAUUCAUUUGUCUCUGCUUACAAAUGGCUAUUCAUAUGCCAAGGUUAAGGCAAUCCCGGGCCUUCUGUUGCUGGUCUUCUUAUUGUUGCUUGUGUGCCCCUUCAACAUCUUCUACCGAUCAAGUAGAUACCGCUUCAUCUGUGUCAUAAGGAACAUAAUUUUUUCUCCUUUCUACAAGGUUGUGAUGCUAGACUUCUUUAUGGCAGAUCAACUAUCUAGUCAGGUACCUAUGCUCAGAAACCUUGAGUUUGUUGCUUGUUAUUACCUAACAGGAAGCUACAAAACUCAGGAUUAUGGAUAUUGCAAGAGAGCUGGGCAUUAUAGAGACCUUGCUUAUGCAGUAUCAUUUCUGCCCUAUUACUGGAGAGCCAUGCAGUGUGCUAGGAGGUGGUUUGAUGAAGGGCAGACAAGCCACCUUGUGAAUCUGGGUAAAUAUGUAUCCGCAAUGCUAGCAGCUGGGGCCAAAGUGGCCUAUGAGAAAGAAAAAAGUGUGGGAUGGCUGUGUCUUCUUGUGAUGAUCUCAACUGCUGCAACUGUGUACCAAUUAUAUUGGGACUUUGUAAAGGACUGGGGUUUGCUUAAAGUGAAUUCCAAAAAUCCCUGGCUAAGGAAUGAAUUAAUGCUUCGUCAAAAGACCAUUUACUACUUCUCCAUGGGAUUGAACCUGAUUCUCAGGUUUGCUUGGCUCCAAACAAUUCUCCAUUCAAACUUUGAAGAUGUUGACUACAGAGUAACUGGACUGUUUUUGGCUGCCCUUGAAGUCAUUAGAAGAGGACAAUGGAAUUUCUACAGGUUAGAGAAUGAGCAUCUAAAUAAUGCUGGAAAAUUCAGAGCAGUGGUGACUGUUCCACUUCCCUUUGAUGAAGUUGAUGAAAUGAAAAUUAAAAUUUUAGAGCGAAAGGUCUCACACUCUCACCUUGCAGUUGCUGCUGCAAUUCAUCACACUCCAAUGGCUGCUUGCGGCUUUUCUCCCGCCAUAACUUUUCUUUCCUUUUCCAAAAUUACCCCUCUUAAAACAUCUAAUUCCCUUCUUUGUGCCAAUUCCUUCAAGCCAGUUGCUGUUGCCAAGCCAAAUCCCACUCUCAAGCUCUCCAGGCUGAAACUUGCACACGCACCUGCAGUGACGCAACAGCGUGCAUAUCGGGCUUGGGCGAUUUCUGUUUCUGAUUCUGGACCAAACCCGGAAGCAGAAUCGAGUGACUCUAAAAGGGAUACGACUAUUGACAUAAAGCUGCCUAGAAGAAGUCUGUUAGUUGAAUUUACUUGUGAUGAUUGUGGUGAAAGAACAAAGAGGCUCAUAAAUCGAUUGGCUUAUGAACGUGGUGUUGUCUAUGUACAGUGUGCAGGAUGUGAGCAGUAUCACAAAUUAGUUGACAAUCUUGGAAUUGUGGUUGAGUAUGACUUACAGGAGGAAGUGUAUACAGAUGAAGCCUGACAAGGAAUGAUGAAUAUAUUACUCAGAUUUUCUCUUAGAUAGGCAUGCAAUGAUGGUUUUGAAUCAAAUUUAUCCUCAUCUGAUUGUUCAAGCAUCAGUGACAGUUGGAAAGAAUAGACAAAAAAUGACGAC